AUGGAGCCCGAAGAAGGGGAACAGUUCUACAGCUUCACCACAGCCAAUGGGGCCUCAGAAAACUCCUUAGGGGGGCCCCCCCUCAGCAAUCUGGGGGGCCCCCUGCACACCUUGGGGGCCCCCCCUUCUGUCUCUGCUGCUGGAACUUUUGCUUCCAACUACUCAGGCUUAUCCACGCCUCCCGCGGGCCUCUACGCAGCAGCAGGCGAGGAGCAGCAGCAGCAGCAGCAGCAGCAGCAGCAGGGUCUUGUGAGCAGCGCAGCAGCAGCUACGAGAACCCCUUUGCUGCUGCCGCAGGGCUUCAGCAGCAGCAGCAGCGGGGCCCCCACGGAUCCCAGGGUGAGCGAUUUGCUGCCGCUUCCCAUGGGAGGCCCCAGCAGCGGCGCCACAGAAGUUGGCCACCAGCAGCUGCUGCAGCAGCAGCUGCUGCAGCAGCAGCUGCAGCAGCAGCAGCUGCAGCAGCAGCUGCAGCAGCAACAGCAGCAGCAGCAGAUGGGCAGCUCUCGAAGCAGAGACCCCAGCGACUUCUUCUAUGGCAGCCCCGGGGCCGCCAGCUCAGUCCCUAGCAUAGGCACUGCUGCCUUUCCCUCAGCAGCAGCAGCAGACGCAGCAGCAGCAGCAGCAGCAGCAGCAGCAGCACCCAUGCAUGCACCUGAAGUCUUCGUUCUUGGGGGAGAAAGUGAUGCAGAAGCAGCAGCAAUUGCUUCAGACACAGAAGGCCCUCAGCUGCUGCAGGGGCCCCCCAAUGGGGCCCCCCUGCGCGCGGCCUUUUCUCCUGCUUCAGCUCCUGCUGCUGCUGCUGCUGCUGCUGCUGCUGCUGCUGAGACUUCUCCUAUGGCCACCGCACAAGGGUACCCUAGGGCCUCGCUUCGGGGCCGCUCGAGGGCCUCUUUGGGGCCCCUUGUAGGGGGCCCCCAGGGGGCCCCCAUGUCUCUUCAGGCUGCAGCAGCAGCAGCAGCAGCAGCAGCAGCAGAUGGAGGAGAGGCGCAGCUGACGCCGCCAAGUGUUGCCAGCGCCCCAGCGGCGUACCCACAGCUGCAGCAGCAGCAGCAGCAGCAGCAGCAGCAGCGGCAGCGGCAGCGGCAGCUGUGGGGUCUGCAGCAGUCUAGGCCUUUGCUGCUGCGACAGGGAGCGCCAAGCUUCGUGUCUUUCGGAGAGCAGCAAUCUGCUGCGCUGCAGCAAGCGCAGCAGCAACUACUGCAGCAGCAGCAGCACGGGGAGGAGGAGCAGCAGCUGCUGCAGCGCUUGCAGGAGCAGCAACUGUCGUAUGGGCAGCAGCAGCAGCAGCAGCAGCCGGCCCUGCAGCAAGAUCCAGAAGAACAGAUACAGGACGACCAACACCAGUUGCUGCAGCAGCAGCUCUUGCUGCAGCAGCAGCAGCAGCAGCAAAGUGUGAUACAGACUCCCAGAGACAGGACCUCAUUGAGUUCAGCAGCAGCUCUUCGAUCAGCAAAUGAUUCUGAGGCUUCUGCAGCCGCAGCAGCAGCAGCAGCUGCUGCUGCUGCUGCUGUUGCUGCAGAGCUGGAAGAUGGGGAGCUUGCGGCGCAGCAAGCGCAGCAAGAUGCAGCAACAGCACAAAGUGCUGCUGCAGUUGCUGCAGAAGCAGCAGCUGGAGUCGAGGCUGCUGUUGCAGCAACUGCAGCAUCAGAAGCUCGCAGGGCCGCCGCAGCAGCAGCAGCACAAAGGGGCCCCGCACUAGCAGCACAGGGGCAAGCAGCAGCAGCAGCAGCAGCAGAUGCAGAAGCAGCUGCUGCAGUAGCUGAGCAAGCAGAAGCUCUAGUGCAUGCAGCGCUUGCUGAUCUCCGGUCAGUGUCGCCUUUGCUGCAGCAGCAGCAGCAGCAGCAGCCGCUGCUGCUGCCACCGCUGCCGCAGCAACAGCUAUCCCAACAGCAGCUGCAACAGCAGCAGCUGCUGCAGCAGCAACCGCUACAGCAGCAGCAGCAGCAGCAGCAGCAGCAGCAGCAGAAACUUAGACAGUCUGUAGGCAGACCGCCUAGGCGCUCAUCUCGCCCUCAUCUCAUAGGCAAUACUUUGCUGCAGAACCAGCACCAGCUGCAGCCAGAACAAGUGCAGCAGCUGCAGCAGCAGCUGCUGCGGCAGCAUCUGCAGCAGCAGCAAAUGCAACAGCAAAUGCAGCAGAGGCCAUUCCUUCAGCAGCCCUUCCUGCAGCCGCAGCCGCAGCAGCCGCAACAGAGGCUGCAGCAGCAACAGCAGCAGCAGCAGCGCCUUCCGAUGAUGCCCAGAGCCACGGCUACUGCGCCAGCUAGAUACCAGCAGCAGCUGCAGCAGUCGAUGCAGCAGCUGCCGCAGCAGCAGCAGCAGCAGCAGCAACCGACUGGGCGCGCGCAAGAGCUGCAAGAAAAGCUGCGACAGGUGAUGAGAGAAGAAGAGCUGCGGCGCAUUGAGUUAGCUUUGCUGCACCAGCAGCAGCAGCUGCAGCAGCACGAGCAGCAGCUGCUGCAGCGGCAGCAGCUGCCGGCGUUGCUCGGCUCGCCGCAGCAGCAGCAACUGACACAGCAGCAGCUGCUGCUGCCUGCAGAAGCAGCAGACGGAGACGCGGGGGCUUUUGCUGCAGAGCCAAUUCCGCUGCAGCAGCAAGUUGAAGAGCCUUCUUCUUUUACGCAGCAGCUGUACAUCCAGGCAGCAGAAGAGGAGGCUUCUGAGCAGCAGCGUAGCAGCCGGCUGCAGCAGCAGCAGCAGCAGCAGCAGCAGCAGCGGGCGUGGCAGCAGGCCUCAGCAGCUACAAUCCGGGGCGACCCCUUUACGCCCAGAGACUCUGAGCCCAUAGUGUCUUAUGGGGAUCCCUCACUGCAGCAGCAGCAGCAGCAGCAGCAGCAGCUGUCCUUGCGCCGCAGCAGCAGAGCCGGGGGCCCUGCUGAUGCUGCUGCUGCUGCUCUUGACAGCAUCGCCGAGCAAGUGUACGCAAUAUCUCAGCAGCUGGCAGAGCAGCAGCAACUGACACAGCAGCAGCAGCUGCUGCAGCAGCAGCAGCUCACUACAGCCAUUCGAAUACGGCAGCAGCAGCUGGACAGGCAGGAGGAGCUUGUGGCUCGGCAGCGGGAGCAGCUGCAGCAGCAGCAGGAGCGGCAGCAGCAGCAGCUGAGCAACGCGCUGGAAGCAGCUGCCCGGCUGCAGCAGCAGCAGCUGGAGGCGCAGCGCACGAGCUUCCUGCAGCAGCAGCAGCAAGUCAAUGAGCAGCGCAGCUAUUUAAAUGACCACACUCUAGCAGCAUUAGCAGCAGCAGAUUCCGUUUUGGCAGGGGCCCGUGCUGCAGUUGCUUCUCUGGACCCUCAAAGGGGGCCCCUAGCAGCAAGAGGGGGGCCCCCCAGCAGCAAACUGCAUGUGCUGUUUGCUGCACCUCCCCCAGACACAGCCAGUGUCAUGCGGCUGCAGGAAUCUGCUGCUGCUGCUGCUGCUGCAGCAAGCAGCACAGCCAAGAGGCAGGGACACACAGAGACUGCGGGCGAGAUCGCCUGGUCCCUGCAGGAUGAGGAGCUGUGCGACUGCCGCAAGCCAAUUGAAGACCCGCAGGCGCUGCUGCAGCUGCUGCAGCGGCGGCUGGUGCCUGAGAGUUUAGCAGCAGCAGCAAGCGGCAGCAAAAGAAGCAAAACAAUCAAAGCAGUGUUGAAGUGGACUAUGGCUUCAAUUUGGCUCGUGGCCUUUUUGGUGUCCGCGAGUUGGCUGGUCUGGCAGCUGGCCUUCGCCGAAACUGAAGAUGACCAGUGGUCACAGCGGUGGCUCUCUUUCGCCUGCUUCGGCCUUUGCCUUUUGGUGCUGCCCUGGGGCCUCGGCGAAGUGCUGCUGUCGCUGCAGCACGCCAAAGCGCGCAAAGACCCCGCAGGCCUGGCCAGAAUGCACGCGUUCCAGCCCGCCUUGCAUCCCGGGCUGAGUUUGCUGCUGGGCUGCAGCGCAGCAUGGCUGCUUUGCCAGCUUCUCUUUUUUGCCAAAUAUGCCCAAGCAACGCUGCGGCACCUGCUGCUGGGCUGGCUGCGGCUGCGGCUUGCUGCUUCUCGGGCCCCACAGAUUGCAGCAACUUGUCUUUGUCUUUGUGCCUUUCGGAGAUUGAAUUUGCUUUCUGGAGGGGCCCUUGCGAGGCCCUCAGAGGCCUCGAAGGGGGGCCCCCAGGGGGCCCCCAAGGGGGCCCCCAAGGGGGGCCCCCGGGGGGCCCCCAAGACCGAAAAAGAAGAAAAAAAAGAAGCAAAAAAACUCAAGCCUGAUGCCCCCCUUUUCCCUCCUCCCCCUUUUGCUGCUUUCAGCUUUGACGCGCUGCCGGAGCUGCUGAGUGAUGCAGCAGCAGCUGCAGCAAACAAUAAGGACAAAAGCAGCACACUGGAGGACAAGCAGCAGCAGCAGCAGCAGCAGCAGCAAAUUCUCAUUCCGGUGACUCUCGCAGACGGCGGGACCUCGUCCGUUGCUGCUGCUGUCUCGCCGGCAGCAAUUCUGCAGCAGUCCCCAAGAGCCGUGCUGCAGCAGGACAGCAGCAGUCCCAGGCAGCAGCAGCAGCAGCAGCCAGUGGUGCUGCUGCAGCUGCCCGCCAGUGGGCCCCAGGGGGCCCCCGCAGGGCUUGCAGCAAGCAUGCUGCACAAGAAACUGCUGCAGCACUGGCGGCAGGAGCAGCAAACUCUGACACAGAAGUCAAAGACGCGGAGGCCCUCCUUCGUUGUGCCGCUGCAGCACCCUCCUGAACCCAGAGGCCAGCAGCAGCAGCAGCAGCAGCAGCAGCAGCAGCAGCAGCAGCAGUUUCUGCAGCUACCUGCACCUACCCACGACAAUAGAGAGGCGCGUGCCUCGGCCGAGCCUCUGCCUCUUGCCCAUCGCUGCCUGCCGCAAAACAAUGAUGGAAGUAGCUGCAGCAGCAGCAGCAGGCGCAGCAGCAGCAGCAGCAGCAGCAGCUACUGCGACCGAGAGACGCAGCAAAACCCCACAACUCAGCACACAGCCCCUUUAGGCAUCCCCUUGUGCCCCCCAAAUGACUUUAGUGACCCCACAGGGGAAUGUGCUUCCACGGUGUCUUUGGAAGGGCUGGAGGGCCUGCGGCUCAGGACUAGUAGCAGCAGCAGCAGCAGCAGCAGCAACGGCAACAGCAGCAGCAGAAGCAGCAGCAGCAGUGAUGGAAAAAGAAGCAGAAGCUGCCCAGUCAGAGCUAGCCUUCCUGCUGCAGUGCAAGCUGCUCCUGCGCACCGCGGGCAGCAGCAGCAGCAGCAGCAGCAGCAGCAGCAGCAGCAGCAGCAGCAGCAAAGCCGAGUCGGCAAUGGGACUGUCCGGCUGCUGCAGCCCGCGCUGCAGCACUCCUCCUUCUAUUCUUCCUCAGGAUCCCCCAGGGGGGCCCCUCCCCGAAGGCGGCCUUCGUGGAAUGGAGCAGCUCAGUACCCAAGGGGGCCCCCUCGGGGGGCCCCCCUGGGCGCUGAGCCGUUUGCUGCUUCUCCCCACAUCCGCAGCAGCAACCGCAGGCUGCUAGCUGCUGCUGCUGCUGCUGAAGACCCUCAGGAGAGGCCAGGGGCCCCCAGCAGCAGGGGGGCCCCCAGCAGCGGGACGGGGCUGGAGGACUCGGGGGGGCAGAGCACGGCGAUUUUCAGCAGCACGAACAGCAGCAGCAGCAGCAGCAGCACGAGCAACGGGAGCUUCGGCAGCAGCGCCGUGAGGCCCCACAAGGCGCUGCAGAUGCUGCACCUGCUGGCAGCAGCAAAAGCACAAGUUGUUGUUGGUGGAGAAGUGCAGCAGCUGCACUCCCCCAUAGAUGUGCUGCUGUAUGGGACGCAGCUGUUUCAAGAGCUGCUGGACUUUCACCGCGUGCUGCAGUUGGGGGGCCUGGGAUCGGGAUCGGGAUCGAUCCCGGGCUCCUCCAGCGCCCCCCAGCAGCAGCAGCAGCAGCAGCAGCAGGGCGAGCCUGUCGUGCUGCUGCCCUCCGCUUCGGCGCACAGCUUCCUCAGCCGAGAAGCAGCAACAGCUCCUGCAGCAGCUCCAGCAGCAGCAACUCCUUCCCAGCGCAGGCCAAGCUUCCAGGGGCAUUCUCCGGGGAGCUGGAGCGACAGGGGCCCCCUGGGGGGCCCCCCGGGGGGCCCCUUUCCCGCGUCUUACCGCCGCUACAGCAGCAACGCAGCCUCCCAAGGGGAUGACUGGAGAGGCGAGGAGAGGUACCUGCGAAGCAGCAGCAGCCGCAACAGCAGCAGCAGAUACCCUUUGCUGCACUCGGAGGCGCUGACCUGGGAGCCCCCGCACAGAGCAGCAGCAGCAGCAGCAGCAGCAGCAGCAGCAGACCGGUCUCCAGCUGAGCUGCAGCUCCCGCCGCCAACUCCGCAGUUCUCAGCAGCUUCUGCAGCGCCAAGAGCCUCAGACGUCGAGCUGGAGACUUCUGCUGCUGCUGCUGCAGCAGACAGCGGCAGGACAGAGACGCAGCAGUGGAGGAUAGAGCCCAGCAGCAGCGCGUACGGAGAAGUCACCCACACGCAGCAGCAGCAGCAGCUGCUGCAGCAGCAGCAGCAGGCGCAGCCGCUGCAAAUGCAACCGCACUUGCAGCAACGGCGGCAACAGCACUUGCAGCAGCAGCAGAUGCUGCGGCGGCAAGAGCACGAGCAGCAGCAGCAGCAGCUUGCUGCUGCGCAGAGCCAGAAGGCGAGUCAAGACCUGCAGAGCUCUGAGGCUUCCGUCUACUCGCAAGUGCCAGGUGCACCGGAAGGUCAGUUGCUGCAGCAGCUGCAGCAGCUGCAGCAGCAGCAGGAGCAGCUGCGCCUUCGGAGUGCCCGCCUGCUGCAGCAGCAGCAGCAGCAACAGCAGCAACAGCAGCAGCAGACGCAGCUGGCCGGGAGGUCCUCAGGGGAAGACUGGCAGCAAGGCGCCGGGGCCUCCGUGCUGCAGGGCAGCGAACAAAUCGGCAGCUCAAAUUACUUCGCGCUGCCAACUGCUGCUGCUCUUUUUAAAACAGCAGCAGAAGCAGAUCUUGCUCGCGAGACUCUGUCACCCCAGGGCAGCGUGGGGAGGCCCUCGGCCCAGGGCUUUUUGCCUUUUGCUGCAGCAGCAGCGGACCCUCUCGCUGCGCAGCAGCAGCAGCAGCAGCGCAGCAGCAGCAAAGACACCCCAAACCACGCCACCAGCGGCAGCAACUCCUCGCGGCUCUUCACCUUCAAUCCUGAAAGGCUAGAGAGCGCAGGCAUGAACACUUUGGCUGCUGGGGGGGCCCUCAGGGGCCCCCCUGGGGGGCCCCAGGGGGGCCCCCAGGGGGGCCCCCAUGGGGGCCCCCUGGGCGCUGCCCCCAGCUGGGGGCCCCCUUCUGAGCCUGUCUUCUUCCGCUCUUCAGAGCAGCAAACUUCAGAGGCGCUGCAGCCAAACAACAGCUCCUAUUCUGCUGUGGAGAGGCCCCUGGGGGAGGAAGAAGUGGCCUCUAGAGGCACAGAGGUGGGGGUUUCUCUGCAGCAGCAGCAGCUGCUGCUGCAGCAGCAGCAGCAGCAGCAGCGGCAGCGGACGCCGCGAGGAACCUCCGACGUGCAGCAAAGCCCCAACAGCACUCUCUUCGUAGACGCCAGGACCCAUUUUGCUGCUGUCUCCAGCAGGACCCGCCGGCGGCGGCGCAGGCAGCGCAGCAGCUGCUACAGCAGCAGCAGCAGAAGCAACAGCAACCGCAACAACAGCAGCAGCUGCAGCAGCUACGGCUGCAACGAGCUCUGGGGCCAGCCCUCUGGGGAAGCCUGUUGCUGUGACCCCAGUCUCCUAUGUCCUCAGGAGAAGAAGCAGUCAGACGGAGGGGGAGGUGCUGCAGCACCAGCAGCAGCAGCAGCAGCAGCAGCAGCACCAGCUGCACCAGCAGCAGCAGCAGCAGGGGCGGCCAGACCCAGCAGAGAUAAACUUCGGCGAAGGCGGCGCGCAGAUCGGCAGUUUGUCUGUGAAGCGAUUCAGGGACGAGCGGAACCUCAGAGGCGGCUGACUCUGGGACCUCCUCUUUGGCGUGGCGAGCCUGUGGGGAGCAGUCAGAGGGACUGCAGCACUGCGUCUGGAGACACGCAGCAGCAGCAGCAGCAGCAGCUGCAGCAGCAGCUGCAGCUGCUGCAGCAGCAAGAAGCAAGCGCCGACGGCAGAUACGGGAUGCAACAGAAUGCGCUCACGUUGGACCAUUUCUUAUAUUUUUUGAGACACGAUGAUGCAACCCUCUUUUUCCGCUCAUUUGAAAGGGCUAGGUUUUUGGUGGCUGUGGGCCCCGCAGACCCUGACUUUAUAACCCGCGGCGAAUUCGUCUGUGGCCUUAUGGACGCCUACAGAGAGCAGCUGAAGCUGCGGCACGCUGCGAGGGCAAGUUGA